AUGGCGGCUCCUUUGCCAGUUCUGCUUCUCGGCUCGCUCCGUCACCCGGAUUACAGAAGGUGGGAAGGCGCGGAGCAGUUGCCCCCCCGGAUGGUUCUUCUACAAGGCGAAUUGCUAUGGAUACUUCCGAUACCCCCUGAGCUGGGCGGAGGCUGAGUACGACUGCCAGUCAUAUGGACAUGGAGCACAUCUGGCCUCCGUUAUGGACUCUGCUGAAGCCGAUAUCAUUGCCUCCCAUAUCUCUGCCUACCAGAAGAACCAGCCAGUGUGGAUUGGACUGCAUGACCCUGAGCAG